AUGAAAGAUAAAUUAGCAAUAAUUUCAUGGAAUGUAAGGAGCUUGGGAAAAAGAGAAAAACAUAAAGCAGUUCAGAGAUUAGUUUCUAGCACAUAUCCUUCUUUUCUUUGGCUACAAGAAACUAAAGCAGAGAAGAUACAAAGGUCUUUUAUGAGAAGGAAUGGGUUGAAUAUUUUUCAGGGUGUUAUCGAAUCUCCAACUAUUGGCUCAUCAGGGGGAUUAUUAUGUUGUUGGGAUGACAAUGUGUUUGAGAUGGAAAAUCACAACAUUAACAGAAGAUUCAUUGUCGUUGUAGGGAAAUUCAGAUUGAAUCAAUUCAGAAGUGUCCUCAUAAAUGUUUAUGGGCCUUCAGUGGAGGAAGAAAAAGAAAGUUUUUUGAAGAACUUAGUGUGUUCAUUUCUGGACAGAAUGUCGGUUUGUGUUGGAGGAGGUUUUAAUGUAUACUUGUGUGAGGAUGAGAAGGUGGGUAGAGCUCAGAACAGAUUCUCAAUGAGGAUUUUCUCUCAGUUUAUUCAGGCUUCAGGGUUAAUUAAUCUGCCUUUGAAUGAGGGCAGGUUCACUUGGUGUAAUAACCAAGAUGAUCCAACUUUUUGUUAG